CUGAUCAUUUGGAUAGUAAAUCUUGUUUGUGGGGAAGCUUCAAACCCACGCCAGUUGAGGUUUCAGGUAUAUCUGUUAUGGGAUCCACUUUAUUACCUCUAGAAACACAUGGUGAGGCUCCUGCGAAAGCUGGUGAUUCAGGGAACUUGUCACGUGUUAGUUCUUAUGACAAAUUUUCCAGGCAGCGUUGUGAUAGGCCAUUACGAGUUGAUACAACAUCUUCGUCACCUAUACCAGGUCUGGUAAUGGAUUUGAAAAUGAACAAUGAUCCUACAGAUGGAGACCUUGGAAACAAUAAUUUAUAUAAGGUAAUGGAGGCUGAUCAAGGACUUAGUUCUGGAACUUCAGGUGGCUUUGAUUUAAGUCAUCUCCGCCUGCAUCUAGAAAGAAAUGAACCAUUCUCAUCAAACAAUGCAAUGGACAAGAUCGAUCCAAGGAAUGUUGUGGACUAUAUAUUUAAAGAGACAAAUGGAGUUCAAGAUUCUCAUGUGGAUUUGGAUAAAUUGAGCUUGAGACUCGGUGCUAAUCGGGAUGUCAAUUCCAUCGAGAAAUCUUUUGGCAGUGCAGAUCGAUGCAAUCCUGCUGUAGACUCACCUUGCUGGAAGGGCGCCCCUUCUGGUUACUUUUCUCGUUAUGAAACUUCUGAGACCAAGCCUUUGGAAUAUGUGCAGAAAACUGAGAAGUUCUCUGGUUAUGUUAUUCAAGAGCCUCAGAAUUGUUUGCUUGACACCGACAAUAAUGUGAAAAGAUCAAGUAAAAUUUCAAACAACAAUCAUGAUCUAAAUGAUUUUGUCCAUCAAGAAGAUAUAGAUCUAAGGAAAAUUCCGGCAUUGAAUUUUAAAUAUCCAAAUUGCAAUUCUUAUAAUGCAACGCGUAAUACCUCUUUUCAGUCUGAGCCAAGCUGUAAUUCUGAGGUUAAAUACCUGAAUGGCGUUACUGAAGUGAAGGAAAAAAAUGUCCCACCAGUCAAGCCAAUUCAUCAUCGUGAUUCUAGAACCUCUUGGAUAGAUCAUUCUCUUGUAGAUGAAAACAAACUGCUGUAUCAUAAACCAGAGACUGAUGGUGCUAAUGCUGGAAACAAUAUGAAUGAAACUGAUGUGAGUGCUGGGAGCAAUGUGAAUGAUGAUUUGAAAUGUGGUAUAUCUCAGAUCCCAGAAAAUACCUUGUCUUCUACUACUGUAGUAGAUGCAACUAAAUCACUUGAAAAGUCUGCUGAGAAAGUAUUAAGUCCAAAAUUAAAUGUCCAAAUGCUGGUUGAUACGAUGCACAAUAUGUCAGAAUUGCUUCUUUUUCAUUGCAUGAAUGAUGCCUGUGAAUUGAAAGAACAAGAUUUCAACGUACUAAAAGUUGUGAUCAGUAAUCUCAAUGCAUGUUCUUUAAAGAAUGCUGAAAGAAUUACCCGUUUGCAAGAAUUUCCUUCACCACAUCCCGGAACUUCCAGGCAUGCCAGAGAAUCAUGCAAGCUUCAACAGAAUGCAAGUUUUGUGAAGCACCAAGUAACCCAAUUAGUACCAGAGAUUCCUAAGGUUGAGCUUGAGAAUCCACUUGUUGAAGAGGCAAAAAACCUGCAUAUCAAAUCUGGAAAAUUAGUCCAACAACUUUCAAGCUCCAUUUCUCCAAGGGGUGAUGCAGAAAUGAAAAAAGAAGAUGAAAUGACUAAGGCUUUAAAGAAGAUUCUUAGUGAGAAUCUGCAUGAUGAUGACGAUGAUGAUGAUGAAGUGGAGUCUCAAACUUCAGUGCUAUAUAAGAAUCUAUGGCUUGAAGCUGAAGCUUCGUUGUGUUCCAUUCAUUAUAAAGCUCGCUACAAUCAAAUGAAGAAUGAAAUCAAGAGGCUCAAGCAAAAAGACGUGGGAGAUCAAUCUAAUAUAAGCCAAAGUUUUGCAACACACAUUGAUGCAGAUGCAAAUGCUAAGAAUAUGCCUGGUUCAAAAUCUUCUAUUGACAUGAACAAGCCUAAUCCAUUGACACCUGAGGGAAAUACUAGUCAAAACCUGGAUAGUCUUGUCCAGAAUUCUAAUCUUUCUAGCACAAAGAAAGAUGUUGGGAAUGGUGAAGCUUCUGUUUUGGCUAGAUUUCACAUUCUGAGAACUCGAGGUGACAAUUCUCCAUCCAAAGGAAAAGAAGUUCAAACCCAUAUUAAUUUUAGCCAAGAAUCUCCUCUUCUAAGCAAAAUGAAGGUGGAUGAUCAUGAGGCAUCUGUCAUGGCAAGAUUUCAUAUUCUUAAAUCCCGUGUCGAAGAUUUGAGUUCAUCUUCAAAAGAUACACUGUUAGAUGGAUUUGCUGACAAAGGAAUGGAUAACACAAUACUUGACGCAAAGGCAUCAGUAGUUGAGAGUUUAGAUGUUCAUGUAAAUCCUUCCAUUGUGCAUCUCAGUUCUUACAGUGCUGUUGACAAGUCAAUUCCAAAGGAGCUUCAACUCGAUUUGGAGGAGAGUGAAGAAAUUCAGCCUUGCGAGAACCACAAGUUUGACUACAACAAUCAGCAUCCUGCCGAUGGCUUAGCAUCGGAAUGGGAACAUGUUUCGAGACUGGAAGGUUGUUGAGGGGAAGAGCUUUGUAAUAAUAACGUUUUCAAAAUGGACUCAUCAGUGAAUGACCGAAUUUAAUUUCUGUAUUAGUUAUGUUAGAGACAUACAUUUGCAGAAUUUGAUCUUAUUUAUGUUUUUUUCAUGUAUGUAUAUAAGUUUGGUUUCUUA